UGUAAAACGGGAACCAAAACAGGAUAAUAGUCGACUCGAACACGUCUACCGCUUGGUUAUCCUCCACCCAAUUUGUUGUGUUGUUUCUUUCGUAUCUAAGGAAACUGAUGCUAUCUGUACCUUCUGGCCAAUAAUCUUCCAAGAAACAUGUCACUUUAUUACGCUGGUUUCAAUACCAGCAUGCUUUUCUAUAAGGAUGAAAAUGUAAUUUUUGCAGUAGAUUCAUUUACCAAAAUUUCAUUUCCUGAAAUUACUGAUUUUCAAAUAGCUUGGGGUUAUUUUCUGAUUUGGAAAGGAAAAGAAUUAUAUAUUGUUAGGAAAGCGGAGGAAAAUCAUACAGAUACAAAUAUGCAAUUAAUACAAAUUCCAGAAACAGCAGUGAAUAGUUGUAAACAAGUUGCAAUUGGUAAAGACAGUAUAAUAAUCUUAUCAGACGACAAUAAGAUAUGGCAAUAUAAGAUCUAUGAAAACUCUUGGAAAAAAGUAAUCAAUUUUAUUUCUGCUGGCAGUGACUCAGAAAAUGAGUAUCCUGUUAAAAUAUUGCAAGGGGGAUGUACUGUGGUUUUAACUAAUCUAGGUAGAGCCUUCAAUGUUCCUACCCUAGUUGAAAUGCCAAAGAGGGUUCAAUUCAUAGAUGUUGCAUGUGGAUUUGAUCACACCAUUCUAUGUGCCCAAAAUGGUGAUAUUUAUUCAAUGGGAAUGGGAACACGCGGUCAACUAGGACACGGUGAUCUAGAAGACUGCGAUAAUCCUAAACUCAUUGAAGCUUUAGCUGGUAUCAGAGUAGUACAAAUUUCAGCUGCUGGCUCGCAUAGUGCCGUUGUAACAGAACAGGGUGACCUUUACACCUGGGGAUGGAACACUAACGGAGAAUUGGGAUUACCUAAUCAGGAGAGCAAAGUAGUAGCUGUACCCACGUUGGUAGAUUUCACGGACGAUCAAAAUAAAAACGUAGAGGUUAUUGUUAAGAAAGUGGAAUGCGGAAAUAACUUCACUAUUUGCAUGAUGGAUGAUGGCACACUUUGGGGUAGCGGAUCCAACAAAUACGGACAGUUAGGACAACCCCGUGAUGCCCUUCCCGACACUCCUAAAUUCGUCAAACUAAAAGUUUCGUUGAAUUCCGAAAGAAUUACAGACUUCAAGUGUCGUGAAUGGGGUACAAUGCUGAUAACAGAAUGAGAUCAUAAUUUUUUACAAGUAAAAUGUUACAAGCUGAAAAUAAAGAGAAUGUUUUCCAAAA